UCCGCGCGCCGCGUAUUUAUCGGCGUGUUGUACCCAGACGCGCACGCGCAUCUGUGGAUGUGGGCUGGAGUGGUUAAAGAGCGCAGCGCGAGCAGGAAAGCGGAACAAACACGGAGGGGACGGGAGGAUGGAGGAGGACAGGAGGAGCGCGGCCAAGCGCGUUUGUGAGUGAAGUGUGUGUGUGUGUGUGUGUCCCAGGAGCGAUCCGCCGCAGGAGAUGUACACUAGUUGCGGCGGGAGUCGCACUUUUCGGCGCUGGAAGGCGCGCGCUCCGGGCCGGGGCCCCGUUUCCAUGGACACCAGCACCGCGGCCGCCGCCGCCGCCGUAGCCGCCGCCGCGGGGAGCGACACGACUUGUAGUAGCGGGCGGCCGGGCGGCGCGAGGAUGAGCGCGCGAUGACCGUGGAGUGCUUCUUCUUCCGACGGCGGCGGCUCCUCAAGGCGCUGCUCUCGCUCUCGCUCGCCUCGGCCACGCUGCUCACGCUGCACCGGCUGCGCGUCCCCGAGAGCGGCGCGAAGGCGCGCCCGGCGGCGGCGGCGGCAGCGGCGGCGCGCCGGCCGGCGAACGCGACGCUCGCGCCCGCCGCCGCGUGGGACGUGCGCGUGGCCAACUGCACGGCGGACGAGUCGCUGCGCGCCAAGGAGUGGUUCCGGCGCCUCGAGCCGCGCUUCCAGCAGUACGCGCUGCGCCGCCACUGCCGCUACUUCCCGAUGCUCAUCGACCACCCGGAGAAGUGCCGCGCCGAGGACGUGCACCUGCUCGUGGUGGUCAAGUCCGUGAUCGAGCAGCACGACCGGCGCGAGGCGGUGCGGCGCACGUGGGGCCGCGAGCAGGCGCUCGAGGGCGGCCGCCGCGUCAAGACCCUCUUCCUGCUGGGCGCGCCGUCCGCGGGCAAGGACCACAAGAACCUGCAGAAGCUGCUCGAGUACGAGGACCGCCUCUACGGCGACAUCCUGCAGUGGGACUUCAUGGACACCUUCUUCAACCUGACCCUCAAGGAGGUCAACUUCCUCAGGUGGUUCGCGCUGCACUGCGCGCGCGCGCGCUUCGUCUUCAAGGGCGACGACGACGUGUUCGUGCACACGGGCAACCUGCUGGAGCUCAUCGACUUCAAGGCGCAGGAGGCGGGCGGCGCGCGCUCCCUCUUCGUGGGCGACACCAUCUCCAAGGCGAUCCCCAUCCGCAACCGCGAGAGCAAGUACUACAUCCCGCGCGAGCUCUUCGACCAGCCCUACCCGCCCUACGUGGGCGGCGGCGGCUUCCUCAUGUCCUCGGAGCUCGCGCGCAGGCUGCUCUUGGCCUCCGAGGCCCUGGAGCUCUACCCCAUCGACGACGUCUUCCUGGGCAUGUGCCUGCAGAGGCUGCGCGUGGCGCCCGAGCUGCACCCGGGCUUCCGCACCUUCGGCAUCAGCAAGAGGAAGGUGAGCCCCAUGAACAACGACCCGUGCUUCUUCAGGAGCCUCAUAGUGGUGCACCGGCUGGGCGCGCAGGAGCUGCUGCGCAUGUGGCGCCUCGUGCACAACCGCGACCUCGCGUGCGCCAAGCGCGCGCUCCUCUGAGCCGUGGGGGGUCCGCUGGAAGCGCCGCUCCCGUUACGAGGCUUUUUGUUACGGACUCUUUUAUUAUUGCCGCUUGCCUUGGAUCCGUUCUCUUUUUUACACACACAUAUAUAUAUACGUAUAUAUUUAAUUCACACAAAUAUAUCCACGCGUGGCACGUCCACACACAGCAGUGGGGGGGAGCAAACUGUAACACUGAGCUUUUGUUUAAAUUAUUUAAUAAAUAAA